AUGUCGCAGCGACAAUCCAUCCGCUACGUGUUCACACUGUCGCCCAUCAUUGUCAUUCAUUCUACCAUAGGCCAUUUCUGGCGGCAAUGGAUGUCUGAGGCAGACUUCGACUCCUUCCCGAUCGGGAUGGCCAAGACAGCGCAGGUGAAUUGUCGCAGCAGGCUGAAUCACCCGCACAAACUUGACAAUCAAAAGGAAAAGGAAGUGCGCAAACAAAACUUCAUCAAGGCAAGCUCUUCUCUCCGAUUCUUGUUCACCAACACAUCACACCUUCGGAUUUUUUCUAUCAUCCACCUCGACCGAUCACCGCCAGCUUUCGUAUACGCACCCACACCAAUACACACACGAAGCUUGCUGAGACCGGCACAUCCAUACACACACCACAGACAAACAUUCGAAGUCCACUUCACCACCACCAUCAAGAUGGAGUCACACUGGAUCGCGCGCUGCGUGCUCCUGGCCUUCGCCGGCAUCUUCAUCAUGGCCAACAUGGGCGCAGAUUUGGUCAUCUACUGCGCGCUCUCCGCCGUCGCUUUAGUAUUAAUCAUGUCCGCCACUCUCUACAUCAUCGCCGCCUACGACCGAUGGUUCGAAAAUCUCUUCUCUUGCGCCGAUCCCACUCCAACCAACGACCACCUCGCCUGCGACCGCCACAGCAGCAGCACCAAACCUACAUGCGCCGACGAGUCAAACGACUACUUCACUCGCCCCUACACUCCGAAGAAGUUCGUGCCUUACUGGAACGACCCCACCUACAUCGAGCCACCAAAGAGAGCUAUCUCGCCAUGCCGUGAAUUAUCGCAGGCGGAGGUGGACGCUGCCAUCAAGUCGCGCGCCGACCGCGAGGCCCGCGAAGUCGAGGCCACACAACUCGCCGAGUCGAAACGCCUUGCGCGUGAGAAGAAGGAUUUGCUCGACCACGCUCGCGACGCCGCGAAAGCCUCGCUCACCGCUGCCGCCGCCCGCAAAGCCAAGGCCAAUGCCAUGACCGCAGAGACUUUCUCCGAGAGAUUGAGAGCACUCGAGGCGCAAGGCCCUCUCUCCCGCGACGACGUCGAGAUGCGCCAAUUGCGCGCACUCGCUCCACAUCUCCAGCGCGGCUUGGUCGGACGACGGGACGAUGGGCUUUGGCUCACACAGCCUCUUGGCUACGAGCCAAUGCUGAUCGACAUCACCUCCGGCUCCGUCUACUCGCCCUCCGCUCUCUUCUCCUCGCCGAAUGAGCCUUACCAGGCCAUUCAAUCCGACAACAAUGCGCCAGAAUCGGUGCGCCGCUCAGUAUCGGAGGCGCCUUCUUCUUUCUUUUCUUCAGCGCACUUCAAGCGGUACCAGGACAUCGCAGCGCCUUCCACGUCGACAGAGCAGGGUAUGUUCGCCGAGUCGAGUGAGCCUUUCCAGGCCACUCAAUCCAUCGACACGGCGCCCAAGAAGAACCCUUUCGGCCUUCCGGCCUGCGUUGCUUCCAUGGUCAUGGUGCCGGACCAUGCGGCGGCAACUGUUCAUGUGCCAUCAGAGCCGGCGAGCGUGGUCGAGUCACUGGCACCACCAGCCUCCUCGCAACCGAAGUUUGCUUUCGGCGAUGUGCCGGUUGCCAGCCAGGCAGAAUCGGCGCGGGCGGCUGAGGAGCGAGCCCCGAUCGCUCGCACAUUCGCGACGCACAACCCCAUCCUGGAUCAAGUCACAAUCAAGCUCCAGCGGGAGAAGGCGAAAGAAUUGCUGGAAUGUAUCCGGAACUUCGCCGGACUUUCCCGGAACAACCCAGAAGGUACGGUCAAUGACCUGGAAAAUGCUUGCGUCGAACUCCGUGUGCAUUUGGGAUGGGUGCGGGACUACAUCAUGACCGCCAAGAAGCCCGACGGUACAUGGAAGAGUGAGAUCACGCACGCAUUUCGUCUGAAGGGCGCAGGGAUCGGUCAAUCUGCAUGGAUCAACAUGAAGAGUGAAAUGUCCGCCCUUUGCCAAGACUCCAAAUGGAGCAACAGCUACCUCGGCCAGGCAUUGGCAGUCGUGCUGGAGAUCGAGAACCUCACACCGGAGAACCACCUUUGA